AUGCAGUCCACUGCCUAUUCUACAUGCUUCACAUGUAGAUGUGUGAAUGAUAGAUUACACCAAGGCACAUGGAUGGGCUAUGUGAGAAGAACACUUCAGUACUGGAAACGACAAGGAAUUGAAUGUCCAAUUGAUGGAAUUUGGAGUUUUAUAUUGGAAACAUCUAAGUUAUUUAAAAAGCAAUUACAUAUAAUAGAGCUGGAAUAUUAUAAAAAAUAUGGCCGAAUACAUGGGAGAAUUAUGGGAUUUAAACCACAACUUUGUGUUGCAGAUCCUCAGAUUUUGAAAAAAGUUUUUGUUAAAGAUUUUAAUACAUUUCAUAAUAGAAUGGUACGUUGCAAUGGAUUUUUAUAUAUAAACAUAUUCCUUUCAUUUAAUCAUGAAUAUUAA